GGGCUGGGACACACCUACUCUGACUUUCUCAGCAGCCUCUUCAGAGCGCCUGCCUUCCUACUCCGUGUGUCUGCACUCCCUCCCCAGCUUGUCUGUCAGCUUGGUGCUUGUGAAAGGGGCUCCAGCCCAGCGGCCGACCCUGGGGCACUCUCCCCUACCUGAGGGGCGCAGGGUUUCAGGAGUUUUUCCAACAUGAUUAUUGCCUUGUUGGGUUUUGUCAUUUUCUUGCUCAAUUGUACGACCUGUGAGAAGCCUCUAGAAGGGAACAACUCCUCCUCAGCCUGGCACUUCACACACUCACUUUAUAAUGCGACCAUUUAUGAAAACUCUGCUCCCAAGACCUAUGUGGAGAGCUCUGUGAAAAUGGGCAUUUACCUCACCCAGCCCCAGUGGACAGCGAGGUACCGGAUCAUCUCUGGGGAUGUGGCCAAUGUGUUUAAAACAGAGGAGUAUGUGGUGGGCAACUUCUGCUUUCUGAGAAUAAGGACAAAGAGCAGCAACACGGCCCUUCUGAAUAGGGAAGUGCGAGACAGCUACACCCUCAUCGUCCAAGCCACCGAGAAGAACUUGGAGUUAGAGGCUUUGACCCUGGUGGUGGUCCACAUCCUGGACCAGAAUGAUCUGAAGCCCCUCUUCUCCCCACCUUCAUACCGAGUCACCAUCUCUGAGGACAUGUCCUUCAAGAGCCCCAUCUGCAAGGUGACUGCCACGGACGCUGAUCUGGGCCAGAAUGCCAAGUUCUAUUAUGCCUUUAAUACAAGGUCAGAGAUGUUUGCCAUCCAUCCCACCAGCGGUGUGGUUACCUUGGCUGGGAAGCUCAAUGUCACCCAGAGAGGGAAGUAUGACCUCCAGUUACUGGCUGUGGACCGCAUGCGGAAAAUCUCUGAGGGCAACGGAUUUGGCAAUGUGGCUGGGCUUGUCAUCCAUGUGGAUCCUGCCCUCAGGAAGCCCCCAGCCAUCAUCUCCGUGGCAGUGGCUCCACCGGACAGCAGUGAAGGUGCCACCUAUGCCACUGUAGUGGUAGAUGCAAACGACUCAGGCGCUCAAGUGGACUCACUGGAAAUUGUUGCUGGUGAUGCCGGAAAGUACUUCAAAGUCAUCAAGUCUUACGCCCAGAGCAAUGAGUUCAUUUUAGUGUCUGUCAGAGACAUCAACUGGUUGGAAUACCCCCAUGGAUUCAACCUCAGCCUGCAGGCCAGGAGUAGAAACAGGCCUUCUUUUUAUUCCCAGAUCAGGGGCUUUCACCUACCCCCUUCCAAACUGGCUUCCCUCAGAUUUGAGAAGACUGUUUACAGGGUGCAGCUUCGUGAGUUCUCCCCUCCUGGAAGCCAUGUGGUGGUGGUGAAAGUAACCCAAGCUCUCCCCAACCUGCAGUACAUCCUAAAGCCAUCCUCAGAGAGUGCAGGGUUCAAACUUAAUGCUCGCACUGGCCUCAUCACUACCACGAAGCUCAUGGACUUCAGUGACCGAGCCCACUACCAGCUGCACAUCAGAACCUCACCGGCCCUGGCCUCCACGACUGUGGUCAUCGACCUCAUAGACUCUAACAACCAUGCUCCCAUCUUCAAUAGGUCUUCCUAUGAUGGCACCUUUGAUGAGAACAUCCCUCCAGGCACCAGUGUUUUGACUGUUAAUGCCAUAGACCGGGAUCACGGAGAGAAUGGAUAUGUCAGCUAUUCCAUCACUCAUCCAAAAGCUGUGCCCUUUUCUAUCGACCCUUACUCGGGGGUCAUCUCUACCUCCAAACCCAUGGACUAUGAGCUCAUGAAAAGAAUUUAUACCUUCCGGGUACGGGCAUCAGAUUGGGGGUCCCCCUUUUGCCAGGAAAAGGAAGUGUCUGUUUCUCUUAGGCUCAAGAACUUGAAUGACAACAAGCCUAUGUUUGAGGAAGUCAACUGUACCGGGUCUAUCUAUGAAGACUGGCCAGUGGGAAAAUCACUAAUGACUAUGUCAGCAAUAGAUGUGGAUGAGCUUCAGAACCUAAAAUAUGAGUUUGUAUCAGGCAAUGAACUAGAAUAUUUUGAUCUAAAUCAUUUCUCUGGAGUGAUAUCCCUCAAACGCUCUUUUAUGAAUCAUACUACUGGUCAACCCAUCACCUAUUCCCUGAAAAUUACAGCCUCAGAUGGAAAAAACUAUGCCUCACCCACAACUUUGAAUAUUACUGUAGUGAAGGACCCUCAUUUUGAAGUCCCUGUAACAUGUGAUAAAACAGGGGUAUUGGCACAUUUUACAAAGACCAUCCUCCACUCUGUUGGGCUUCAGAACCAGGACUUCAAUGAUUGGGACUUCACUUCCUUAAGCACAUAUCAGAUCAAUCAUCAUACCCCCCAGUUUGAAGAGCACUUCCCACAGUCCAUCAACGUCCUUGAAAGUGUUCCUCUCAGCACCCCCCUGGCUCGUCUUGCAGCCACUGAUCCUGACCCUGGCUUUAAUGGCAAACUGGUCUAUGUGAUUGCAGAUGGUGAUGAAGGGGGAUGCUUUGAGAUUGAGCUGGAGACAGGGCUGCUCACUGUAGCUGCCCCCUUGGACUAUGAAACCACAAGUUUCUACAUCCUCAAUGUAACAGUGUAUGACCUGGGCAUACCCCAAAAGUCCUCCUGGAAGCUGCUGACGGUGAAUGUGAAAGACUGGAAUGACAAUGCACCCAAAUUUCCUCCUGGUGGGUACCAGAUAAGCAUUUCAGAGGACACAGAAGUUGGAACCACAGUUGCAGAGCUGAAAGCAAAAGAUGCUGACUCAGAUGACAAUGGAAGGGUUCGCUAUACCUUGCUAAGCCCCACGGAGAAGUUCUCCCUCCAUCCCCUCACUGGGGAACUGGUUGUCACAGGACAGCUGGACCGAGAAUCAGAACCUCAGUACAUACUCAAGGUGGAGGCCAGGGAUCAGCCCAGGAAGGGCCACCAGCUCUUCUCUGUCACUGACCUGAUGGUCACAUUGGAAGAUGCCAAUGACAAUGCUCCCCAGUGUAUCAUGGAACUCAGAAGACUGAAAGUCCCAGAGGACCUACCCCUAGGAACUAUCCUAACAUUUCUGGAUGCUUUUGAUCCUGACUUGGGCCCUGCAGGAGAAGUGCGAUAUGUCCUGUUAGAUGAUGCCCAUGGGACCUUCCAGGUGGACCUGAUGACCGGUGCACUCAGUCUGGAGAGAGAGCUGGACUUUGAGAGGUGGGCUGGGUAUAAUCUGAGCCUGUGGGCCAGUGACAGUGGGAGGCCCCUGGCCCAUAAGACCCUCUGCCACGUGGAGGUAAUAGUUCUGGAUGUGAACGAGAAUCUCCACCCUCCCCGCUUCGCCUCCUUUGUGCACCAGGGCCAGGUGCAGGAAAACAGCCCCUUGGGAACCCAAGUGAUGGUAGUGGCUGCCCAAGAUGACGACAGUGGCUUGGAUGGGGAGCUCCAGUACUUCCUGCAGGCUGGCACCAGUCUUGCAGCCUUUAGCAUCAACCAAGACACAGGAAUGAUUCAGACUCUGGCAGCCCUGGACCGAGAAGUUGUGUCCCGCUACUGGCUGACGGUACUGGCAGUGGAUAAGGGUUCCACACCCCUCUCCUCUGUAACGGAAGUCUACAUUGAGGUUAUGGAUGUCAACGACAACGCCCCCCGGAUGUCCAGACCCGUCUUUUACCCCUCUGUCUGGGAGGAUGCACCCUUGCACACCUCUGUGCUCCAGCUGGAUGCCUGGGACCCAGACUCCAGCUCCAAAGGGAAGCUGACCUUCAAUAUCACCAGUGGGAACCAUAUGGAAUACUUUGCUAUUCACCCUCUCACAGGUCUCCUCUCCACGGCCCGGCAGCUGGACCGAGAGAGCAAGGAAGAGCACAUUCUGGAGGUGGCUGUGCUGGACAAUGGGGAGCCCUCUCUAAGGUCCACCUCCAGGGUGGUGGUCCACAUCUUGGAUGUCAAUGACAGUCCCCCUGUGUUCCCCCACAAGCUCUUCAGUGUCCGCCUUCCAGAGAGGCUAAGCCCUGUGACCCCCGGGCCUGUGUACAGGCUGGUGGCUUCCGACCAGGAUAAGGGUCUCAAUGGCAAGAUCACCUACAGCAUCGAGGAGAGCGGUGAGGGGGACUUCAGCAUCGACGCACUCACAGGCAUGGUGUCGUCCCACAGCGUCUUCACAGCUGGAGAGUACACCAUCCUGACGAUCAAGGCAACAGACUGUGGACAGCCACCACUCUCAGCCAGCGUCCGGCUGCACAUCGAGUGGAUCCCCCGGCCCCGGCCCACCUCCGUACCACUGGUCUUUGAUGAGUCCCACUACAGCUUUACUGUCAUGGAGACAGACCCUGUGAACCACAUGGUGGGGGUCGUCAGUGUUGAAGGCCGGCCUGGCCUCUUUUGGUUCAAUAUCUCAGGUGGGGACAAGGACAUGGAUUUUGACAUUGAGAAGACCACGGGCAGCAUCAUCAUUGCCAAGCCUCUUGAUACAAGGAGGAGGUCAAGCUAUAACUUGACUGUGGAGGUGACCGACGGAUCCCACAUUAUUGCCACACAGGUCUACAUCUUCAUGAUUGCCAGUGUUAAUCACCAUCGGCCCCAGUUUCUGGAAGCUCAUUAUGAGGUCAGAGUUCCCCAGGACACACUGCCUGGGGUUGAGCUUCUCCAAGUACAGGCCACAGAUGAAGACAAGGGCAAGGGCCUCAUCUACACCAUCUAUGGCAGCCAAGACCCAGGAAGUGCCAGCCUCUUCCAGCUGGACCCAAGCAGUGGUGUCCUAGUAACUGUAGGGAAACUGGACCUGGGCUCGGGACCUUCUCAGCACACGCUGACAGUUAUGGUCCGAGACCAGGAGAUGCCCAUCAAGAGGAACUUUGUGUGGGUGUUCAUUCACAUGCAAGACGGAAACCUACACACACCCCGCUUCACCCAGCUCCACUACGAGGCAAGUGUUCCUGACACCACGGCCCCCGGCACAGAGCUGCUGCAGGUCCGAGCCAUGGAUGGUGACUGGGGAGCCAGCGCUAAGGCCCACUACUCCCUCCUCAAAGGAAACAGUGAAGGUUUCUUCAACAUCAAUGCCCUACUGGGCAUUAUCACUCUAGCCCAGAAACUUGAUCAGGCAAAUCAUGCCCGGUAUACUCUGACAGUGAAGGCAGAAGACCAAGGUUCUCCACAGCGGCAUGACCUGGCUACAGUGAUCAUUCGUGUCUACCCUUCAGAAAGCAGCACCCCCAUCUUUUCAACAGCUGAAUUUUUUGUAGAGAUCCCUGAAUCAAUCCCUGUUGGUUCCCCAAUCCUUCUUGUCUCGGCUACAAGCUCCUCAGAAGUUACUUACGAGUUAAGAGAGGGAAACAUUGAUGGUGUAUUCUCCAUGAACUCAUAUUCUGGCCUCAUUUCCACCCAGAAGAACUUGGACCAUGAGAAAAUUUCAUCUUACCAGCUGAAAAUCCGAGGCAGCAAUAUGGCAGGUGCAUAUACCGAUAUCAUGGCUCUUGUUUACAUCAUUGAUGAAAAUGACAAUGCUCCCAUGUUCUUAAAGUCGAUCUUUGUGGGCCAAAUUAGUGAAGCAGCUCCACUGUACAGCAUGAUCAGGGAUGAAAACAACAACCCCCUUGUGAUUCGUGCUUCUGAUAGUGACAAGGAAGCUAAUUCCUUGUUGUUCUAUGAAAUUUUGGAGCCAGAGGCUUUGAAGUUUUUCAAAAUUGAUCACAGCAUGGGAACCCUAACCAUCAUAUCAGAGAUGGAUUAUGAGAGCAUGCCCAUUUUCCAAUUCAGUGUCUAUGUCCAUGACCAAGGAAGCCCCAUUUUAUUUGCACUCAAGCCUGUCCAGGUCAUCAUCUAUGUCAGAGAUGUAAAUGACUCUCCUCCCAGGUUCUUAGACCAGAUAUAUGAUGUAGCAGUGGUGGGGCCCAUUCAUCGGGGUAUGGAGCUCCUCAUGGUGCAGGCCAAGGACAAUGACUCAGACGUCAGUUAUAGCAUCAAAACUGGCAAUGCUGAUGAAGCUGUUGUCAUCCAUCCCAUCACUGGUCUCAUAUCUGUAUUGAAUCCUGCUUUCCUGAGACUCUCUCGAGAGCUCACCAUCAGGGCUUCUGAUGGCCUAUAUCAAGACACUGCACUGGUAAAAAUUUCUUUGACACAAGCCCUUAACAUGAGCUUACACUUUGAACAUGAUGUCUAUAGGGCAACAGUGAAGGAGAACUUAGAGGACAGAAAGGCACUGGUGAUUCUUGGUGCCCAGGGCAAUCAUUUGAAUGACACCCUUUCCUACUUCCUCUUAAACGGCACAGAUAUGUUUUGUAUGGUCAAGUCAGCAGGUGUGUUGCAGACAAGAGGGGUGCCGUUUGACCGAGAACAGCAGGAUACUCAUGAGGUUGCAGUGGAAUUGAGGGACAAUCGGACCCCUCAGCGGGUGGCUCAGGCUCUGGUCAGAGUCUCUGUUGAGGAUGUCAAUGACAAUCACCCUGAAUUUAAGCAUCUGCCCUAUUACACAACCAUCCAAGAUGGCACAGAGCCAGGUGAUGUCCUCUUUCAGGUAUCUGCCACUGACCAGGAUUUGGGGGUAAAUGGUGCUGUCACAUAUGCCUUUUCAGAAGAUUACACCUAUUUUCGAGUUGACCCCUAUCUUGGGGAUAUAUCACUAAAGAAACCCUUUGAUUAUCAAGCUUUAAAUAAGUAUCACCUCAAAGUCAUUGCUCAAGAUGGAGGAACCCCAUCCCUCCAGACUGAGGAAGAGGUACUUGUCACCGUGAGAAAUAAAUCCAACCCACUGUUUCAGAGUCCUUACUACAAAGUCAGAGUGCCUGAAAAUAUCACACUCUAUACCCCAAUUCUCCACACCCAGGCCCGGAGUCCAGAGGGACUCCGGCUUAUCUACAACAUUGUGGAAGAAGAGCCCUUGAUGCUGUUCACCACUGACUUUAAGACUGGGGUCCUAACAGUAACAGGUCCUUUGGACUAUGAGUCUAAAACCAAACACGUAUUCACAGUCAGAGCCACAGACACAGCACUGGGGUCAUUUUCUGAAGCCACUGUGGAAGUCCUGGUGGAGGACAUUAAUGAUAAUCCUCCCACUUUCUCCCAAUUGGUCUAUACAGUGUCAGUCUCAGAAGGCUUGCCUGCUCAGACCCCUGUGAUCCAACUGUCAGCUUCUGACUGGGACUCUGGGCAGAACUGUGAUGUCUCCUAUCAGAUUGUAGAAGAUGGCUCAGAUGUUUCCAAAUUCUUCCAGAUCAAUGGAAGCACAGGGGCCAUGUCCACAGUUCAAGAGCUGGAUUAUGAAGCACAACAAUAUUUUCAUGUGAAGGUCAGGGCUAUAGAUAGAGGUAACCCGCCACUCACUGGUGAAACCCUUGUGGUUAUCAAUGUGUCUGACAUCAAUGACAACCCCCCAGAGUUCAGGCAACCUCAGUAUGAAGCCAAUGUCAGUGAGCUAGCUACCUGUGGACACCUGGUUCUCAAAGUCCAAGCUCUUGACCCUGACAGCAGGGACACAUCCCGCCUGGAGUACCUGAUUCUUUCUGGCAAUCAGGAUCGGCAUUUUUCCAUUAAUAGUUCAUCAGGAAUAAUUUCAAUGUUAAACCUUUGCAAAAAACACCUAGACUCUUCUUACAAUUUAAGGGUAGGUGCUUCUGAUGGGGUUUUCCAAGCAACUGUACCUGUGUAUAUCAACACUACAAAUGCCAACAAGUAUAGCCCAGAAUUCCAGCAGCAUAUUUAUGAGGCAGAAUUAGUGGAGAAUGCAAAGGUGGGAACCAAGGUGAUUGAGUUGCUAGCCGUAGACAAAGAUAGUGGUCCCUAUGGCACAGUAGAUUAUACCAUCAUCAAUAAACUAGCAGGUGAGAAGUUCUCCAUAAACCCCCAUGGCCAGGUCACCACUCUGCAGGAACUGGAUCGGGAAAAUUCAACAGAAAGAGUCAUCGCUAUUAAGGUCAUGGCUCAGGACGGGGGAGGAAGAGUGGCUUUCUGCACUGUGAGGAUCAUCCUCACAGAUGAAAAUGACAACCCCCCACGGUUCAAAGCAUCUGAGUACCUGUUGUCCAUUCAAUCCAAUGUCAGCAAAAACUUCCCAGUUAUCCAGGUGCUGGCCUCUGAUGCAGAUGAAGGUCAGAAUGCAGACGUCACCUACUCAGUGGACUCAGUGGAGCACUUGGAUGAAGAGGUCAUUGAAAUCAACCCAAUCACUGGUGUAGUCAAGGUGAAAGAGAGCCUGGUCGGACUGGAAAAUCGGGCCUUUGACUUAAAAAUAAAAGCCCAAGAUGGGGGCCCUCCUCACUGGAACUCUCUGGUGCUGUUACGACUUCAGGUGGUUCCUAACGAAGUAUCCUUGCCCAAAUUUUCUGAACCUCUGUAUACUUUCUCUGCAUCUGAGGACCUUCCAGAGGGGUCCGAACUUGGUGCUGUUAGAGCAGUGGCAGCUCAAGAUCCAGUCAUUUACAGUCUAGUGCAGGGCACCACACCCGAGAGCAACAAGGAUGGCAUCUUCUCCCUGGACCAAAACACAGGAGUUCUAAAGGUGAGGAAGGCCAUGGACUAUGAAUCCACCAAAUGGUACCAGAUUUAUUUGAUGGCACAUUGUCCCCAUAAUGACACUCACUUGGUUUCCUUGGUCUCUGUCAACAUCCAAGUAAAGGAUGUCAAUGACAAUAGGCCUAUAUUUGAGGCUGAUCCAUAUAAAGCUGUCCUCACUGAGAAUAUGCCUGUGGGGACUGCAGUCAUUCAAGUGACUGCCAAUGACCAGGACACUGGGCAUGAUGGCCAGGUGAGCUAUAGGCUGCUAGUGGACCCUGGUAGUAACAUCCAUGAGCUCUUUGCCAUUGAUAGUGAAACUGGCUGGAUCACCACACUCCAGGAACUUGACUGUGAGACCAGCCAGACAUACCGCUUUUAUGUGGUAGCCUAUGACCAUGGCCAGACCAUCCAGCUAUCUUCUCAGGUCCUCGUUGAAGUCUCCAUUACAGAUGAGAAUGACAAUCCUCCCCGUUUUGCUUCUGAAGACUACAGAGGAUCUGUGGUUGAGAACAGUGAACCUGGGGAACUUGUGACCACUCUUAAAACCUUGGAUGCUGAUAUCUCUGAGCAGAACAGACAGGUCAACUGUUACAUCACAGAGGGAGACCCCCUGGGCCAGUUUGGCAUCAGCCAAGUUGGAGAUGAGUGGAGGGUUUUCACGAGGAAGACUCUGGACCGUGAGCACACGGCCAAGUACUGGCUCAGGAUCACAGCUUCCGACGGCAAGUUCCAGGUUUGGGUGCGUGUGGAGGUCUUUGUCCUGGACAUCAAUGAUAACAGCCCUCAGUGCUCGCAGCUUCUCUAUACUGGCAAAGUCAGUGAAGAUAUAUCUCCAGGACACUUCAUUUUGAAAGUUUCUGCAACAGACUUGGACUCAGAUACCAAUGCUCAGAUCACAUAUUCUCUGCAUGGUCCUGGGGCAGAUGAAUUUAAGCUGGAUUCUCAUACAGGGGAGCUGACCGCAGUAACAGCCUUAGACCGAGAAAGGAAGGAUGCAUAUAGCCUUGUUGCCAAGGCGACGGAUGGAGGCGGCCAAUCAUGCCAGGCAGAUGUGACCCUCCACGUGGAGGAUGUGAAUGACAACGCCCCCCAUUUCUUUCCCAGCCACUGUGCUGUGGCUGUCUUCGACAACACCACGGUUAAGACCCCCGUGGCUGUGGUUUUGGCUCGGGAUUCCGACCAAGGUGCCAAUGCCCAGGUGGUUUACUCCCUGACGGACUCUGCUGAAGGCCACUUUUCCAUCGAGGCCACCACAGGUGUGAUCCGGCUGGAGAAGCCACUGCGGGUCAAGCCGCAGGCAGCCCUGGAGCUCACGGUCCGUGCCUCUGACCUGGGUUCCCCGAUACCUCUGUCCACACUGGGCACGGUCACCAUAUCUGUGGUGGGCCUCGAUGACUACCUGCCCAUGUUCCUGAACACUGAGCACAGCGUGCAGGUGCCUGAGAAUGCCCGGCUUGGCACAGAGGUGCUGCAGCUGGCCACCCUCACUCGCCCGGGUGCCAAGAAGAACGGCUACCGUUUGGUCAGCGGGAAUGAGCAGGGGAUGUUCCGCCUGGAUGGCCGCACAGGGACCCUGUACACCAACAGGAGCCUGGACUUUGAGACAAGCCCCAAGUACUUCCUGUCCAUCGAGUGUGGCCGGAAAGACGCCUCCUCCCUCAGCGACAUGACUACGGUCGUGGUCAGCAUCACUGACAUCAACGAACACCGGCCCAGAUUCCCCCAGGAGCUGUACAGCACAAGGGUCUUAGAGAAUGCCAUCGUGGGCGAUGUCGUGCUCACAGUGUCAGCAACUGAUGAAGAUGGACCCAUAAAUAGUGCCAUCACCUACAGCCUGAUAGAAGGGAAUCAGCUUGGGCACUUUGCCAUCCAUCCCAAGAAGGGGGAACUACAGGUAGUCAAAGCCCUGGAUUGGGAACAGACUUCUAGCUAUUCCCUGAGGCUCCGAGCCACAGACAGCGGGCAGCCUGCACUGCAUGAGGAUACAGACAUUGCCAUCCAAGUGGUUGACGUCAAUGAUAACCCACCAAGGUUCUUUCAGCUCAACUACAGCACCUCUGUUCAGGAGAACUCCCCCAUUGGCAGCAAAGUCCUGCAACUCAUCCUGAGUGACCCAGACUCCCCAGAGAACGGUCCCCCUUACUCAUUCCGAAUCACAAAGGGGAACGACGGCUCUGCCUUCCGAGUGACCCGAGAUGGGUGGCUGGUGACCACUGCGGGCCUGAGCAGGACAGCCCAGGAAUGGUAUCAGCUUCUGAUCGAGGUAGCGGACAGCGGCAUCCCGCCCCUCUCAUCCUCAGCAUCGGUCAGAGUCCACGUCAAGGAGCAGAGCCGCUAUCCGCCCUCGGCCCUCCCUUUGGAGAUCUUCAUCACCAUCAGGGAGCAGGAGUUCCAGGGUGGCAUGGUGGGCAAAAUCCAUGCCACAGACCGAGACCCCCAGGACACGCUGACCUACAGCCUGGCAGGAGAGGAGACCCUGGGCAGGCGCUUUUCGGUGGGCGCACCUGAUGGGAAGAUUAUUGCCACCCAGGGACUGCCUCGAGGCCGCUAUGCAUUCAAUGUCACAGUCAGCGAUGGGACCUUCACUGCCACUGCUGGGGUCCACGUCCAUGUGUGGCACAUGGGGCAGGAGGCUCUGCAGCAGGCCCUGUGGAUGGGCUUCCAGCAGCUCACCCCAGAGGAGCUGGUGAGUGACCACUGGCGGAACCUGCAGAGGUUCCUCAGCAACAAGCUGGACAUCAGACGAGCCGACAUCCACCUGGCCAGCCUUCAGCCUGCAGAGGCCACGGCUGGUGUGGACGUGCUUCUGGUUUUUGAGGGGCAUUCUGGAACCUUCUACAAGCUCCAGGACCUGGCAUCCAUCAUCACUCGCUCAGCCAAGGAGAUGGAGCAUGCAGUGGGAAUUCAAAUGAGGUCAGACAUGCCCUUGAUGCCCUGCCAGGGCCCAAGCUGCCAGGGCCAAAUAUGCCAAGAGACCGUGCACCUGGACCCCAGGGUGGGGCCCACGUACAGCACAGCCAGGCUCAGCAUCCUAACCCCGCAGCACCGCCUGGAGAGGAACUGCUCCUGCAGUGGUACUGCUGCAAGGUUCCGCGGUCAGAGCUUUGGGCGGUAUGGUCUCCCAGAGGCUCAGAAAUGGCACAUCCGCUUCCGUCUGAAAACACUUCAGUCACAGGCCGUUCUCCUGUUUAGCAACGAGACAGUGUGUGUCUCGCUGAAGCUGGUCAAUGGAGUGCUCCAACUGGAAUACCGUUGCCCAGGUGGUUUCUAUGGAAAUCUCUCCUCCUGGCUCCACGUGAAUGACCAAGAGUGGCACUCAAUUCUAGUGGAGGAGACAGACACUUCGAUUCGCCUGGUGGUUGAUAGCUCAGGCAACACCUCCCUUGUGCUUCCAGAAAACUGCCGGGGUCUGAGGCCGAAAAGAGACCUCUUUCUGGGCGGCCUCGUCCUCUUGCAUUCAUCUCCAAAUGUCUCCCAGGGCUUCGAGGGCUGCCUGGAUGAAGUCGUGAUCAAUGGAGAGGCGCUGGAGCUGCUGGUCCAUGGCAGGAAAGCAGCAGGCUUGUCGGAGAGGCAGGCUCUCACCCAGUGCUGCUUGCACAGUGAGAACUGCAGCCAGAACCCAUGUCUCAAUGGGGGCAGGUGCUCACAGUCCCACAGGGCAGGCUAUGUCUGCAAGUGUCCCCCCCAGUUCUCUGGGAGGCACUGUGAACAAAGAAGGGAAAACUGUACUUUGACACCCUGCCUGGAAGGUGGCACUUGCAUCUCCUCCCCUGAAGGAGCCUCCUGUAACUGCCCUCACCCUUACACGGGAGACAGGUAA